AUGCAGACGCCUAUCACACGCGUCAUCGUACGGUUGCCCACUGCGCGACCCGAGCACCCACUGGCGGAUCCUGAGCCCGUGAUUUGGAAUGCGGAGAAGGAGAAGUACUUAUGGGAACAGACACGUUCGAGUGAGGGCGCUGCACCAGAUUGGAAGGCGCUAGCGCGCGCACUGGAUGUACCACUGCCGUAUCUCCUCUACCGUGCACAAGCACGCUACGAACAGGACCUUCGCGGGUUACAGGAUGUGCGCGGCGCCCUGAGUCCGCCCACACCACAAGCUCAGCCACGUGCCGGAUCGUAUCUGGACGCAACGGGCUCUGGGAUCGGCAAUGGCAGCGUGAGCAAGAACGCCGUGCCUGCGCGCUUGGGCGUGCGAGCGCGCCUGAGCUCAUUGGGCAACGCGUCGGCGGCGCGCUCGGCUCUGAACCGCGCCGCUGCGGGAGAAGCAAGCACGGGCCGCAUCAAAGACGCGGCGAGCAGCGUGCUUACGCUGCGACACGACGGCGCAUCUUCCGCGCCAGCUAGACGACCCAUCUCACCUGUUUCGUCGCAUUCGGGCUCGGGCUCGGACUUCGACGCCGACGAGGAAGACGCGGAGGCAGAGAAAGAGCGCGCGGCCGAGGCACAAGAGGUGCUUGCACGAAAGCUUGCACGACUACAGAAGGAAAUGACAAGGGAUGCUCUUGGACUUGUGCGUGGCACAACCGGUGGGAGCUCCAUCAGGUCCAAGGGAAAGAGCAAAGACCGCGACUCCCUCGGCGCGAGCUUGCCUCAUCCAGCUCGACUCGCGGAUGUUGCGGGCAGCAGGAGCAGUCAGAGCUUGAGUGGCGCCAGUUCGCCACAGGGUUCAAUACCGUCCAUCCCUUCACCGCCGCCAGGAACUCAAUCGCCGGCCCCUCGAUCCCCGACCCGUCGUCAGGCUCCGGUGCAAGCACUUCGUUAUGGUGGACUCAUGCGCCAAGCAGCGGCGGGCGCUGCAGGAAGGAGCGAACGUGGUAGCAUGUACGGGAGCGAAGCGAGUAGCUUCAGCGAUCUGAGUGAAAGUCUCGAGAUGGAGGGUAGCGCGCUCGAGAGUGCACUCGCGAGCAAUAUCCGCGGUGGUGGGAGUAGAUUCUCUGGAUUCUCCAGGACGAGAACGCCGGGGUAG